AUGCUAAUCUUUUCUCAUACUCCGAAAACCGAUUACCGAAACCAAGAUUCACAGCGCACUUCACCCAGUGCUCUACCAAUACUAAUGGCUGAGAAGCGUGCGCUUCCAUGGCUAGACAUACCCACCAAAGAGUUCCUAGAAAGAGACUUGCGCAAUGAAAAGCAAAUGCAAGAGGCUCCGGAGAUCUCAUUUGAAGUUACUGGAUCUACCAGUAAUAUCUACAAAACGGUCAUUGCCAAAUUGCCUCGCUGUACCUGUCCGGAUGUCAAAUUCCGGAAGUCUCAGUGUAAACAUAUCUGCUUUGUCCUAUCUGCGAUAAAUGCCCCUGGAAAACUGAGAUAUCAACGAGCAUUCCUGCCGUCUGAGCUGCGCGAGAUGCUUUCUACAUCAUCCUUGGAGGAUAUCGAGGAAAGAAGUACUCUUAUUUCUGCCAGCCAAAGGAAGCCUGUUGAGGGCAAGUGCCCAAUUUGUUUCAAUGACUUCAAGUCCAACCACGGAGCUAGGUCUUGCCAUUCGUGCAACAAUAAUGUUCACGAGGCUUGCUUCAAGGUGUGGGAGGCCACUGUACAUGCAUCUCAGCAUGUUUUUUCUUGUCUCCACUGCAAUGCUCCGUGGAAGAGCAAUCAAUAUAGAACCCCACAUCUCGCUAGGGAGGCUGUGUGA